AUGUUAAACAACCUUCAUCAGCACUAUCUAUACACUGGUUUUCAAAUGGAGAAAAGGGGUCCUCAAAUUAACCAUUUGAGUUUUGCAGAUGACAUUAUUAUUUUCACCUCAACUUCCAAGUAUUCCCUUCAACUCAUCAUGAAGACUCUUCAGAUGUAUGAAGGCAUUUCUGGGCAGCUUAUUAAUAAGGACAAAAGCCAAAUCUUAAUCCCUACCAAUACACCUGUUGAUAUAAUGGAUAGAGUAGUGACCAUCACUGGUUAUAAAUGCACUCAUGGGCUUAUGACAUACUUGGGAUGUCCAUUGUAUAUAGGAAGACAAAGGGUCAUAUAUUUCACUGGUAUAGUUUCAAAAGUGAUUGCUAAAAUUCAAGGGUGGCAGACAAAGAUGCUAAGCUAUGGGGGUAGAGCCACUUUGAUCAAAUCAGUGCUUCAAUCACUUCCUAUACAUCUGUUAUCUGUCAUAACCCCUACCAGAACCACUUUGAAACAAAUAAAAUGCCUUAUUGCUGACUUCUUCUGGGGUUGGGAUAAGGAGAAAAGGAAGUACCACUGGGCCUCUUGGGAAACCCUUAGCUUACCAUAUGAGGAGGGAGGGAACUGCAGUUUCUGGUGGGAUGAUUGGCUGGGUAUUGGCCCUCUAGCCAAUCACUAUGAAUAUAUUCCAAGAUUCAACAACUCCACUGUCUUCAUGUUCUUGACAAAUGGAAAAUGA